AUCAGUGAGCAGUUUACCAGUUUAUAUUGUUAGGAUCAAUGGGAUCAGACGUCAGAAUGGAGUGAGUUGAGUCAGAAAAAUCCAAUGACGUCUUGGAAUGUGUAGGCGUGCUGAACCUGGGAGAGGGUUUUACCAGACCACCUGUAGCGAUGACGAAAUAUUCGCCGAAUACAAGAUAUACGAAGCAAACGAAAGAGGAGAAACGAAGGAAAUAAGACAAGGGCAUCACGGAUAGAUCCGGUCCUGGCUCGCGAUUCCGUGGAGCGGGGGCGGCGGCGACGAAGUGGAAGGCAACGAGGAGGUACCGACAGUAGCUCCCAGACAGUGACUCCGCGCGUAACGACAUGUAACCGGUGGAUAAAUCUUCUGAGUGUUAUGUCAUCGAUGACAAUUGUUCGUCAGCCACGAUUUCAUCGUCGACGAUUCGUGCAUGGUCAAGGAUAAAGGUGUCGUUGCAGGAAUGCGUGCAGGAACCCCGUGAAAAAAGCUGAAAGGAAGGGAACGCGCUUGUUGGAAACGGACCUUGAAGUCGCGAAGUCGGGACAGUGGAAAGGAUUAAAGAAUUUCGAGGAGAGAGAUUUAGGGUGCGACAAGGCCGGCGCAACCACCGUGUAAGCAGCGACAGAGAGAAAGAGAGAGAAAGAGAGAGGGAGGGGGAGGGAGGGAGAGAGAGAUAGAGAGAAUAACGCCGGUGGAAAGAGAGAAGCGAAUAGUUGAAGAGAAGCUCGAUGGGUCGAACAUACUCAGUGCUGCCAGCCGUAAGCUCGACGGAGUCGACGCCGCAAGCUCGAUGCAAAUCGACGUUGUAGAUACCUCGAUGAAAAUCGACGAGCUCGCUGAUCCUCUGCUCUCGCUCGCCCUGCUCUAUAUCGCGGUUCGAUAGCCGGGUGAACGUCGACGACCUCCGGCAUCGGUGGAUUCGACACCUUCGCGAUACCGUCGUGUUUUUAGAUAAUAGAUAAUAGUAAUCGGCGGUGUAGCCGUGAAUCUUCAGUUCGACGUCCGGUGUGGAUCAAAACUGGCGGAAAGUUUCCGCUGUCGCGAAACGUACAACAAAAAGAACGGAGGAGAAGCGAAUAAAAUUAAGCGGUCGAACACUGGCAACGGAAACGUCGAGGAAGACAAGAGCGUGGCCUAUGUGUCCGGUGCAUCUUGUUCGCGGAAGUGCUAGGUCAACAAUGUCAAUGCCCUUAAGAUCGAUCGUUGCUUGCUUGAAAUUGUCUUGUUUGUUAAUGGACGGUGAGAAAUUGACUUCAGGGUGAGUCGAACCUGAUCAGGGUGAAUCCGAGCCACCCAUGAUACCGCUUAAUCACUUAGUCGAUGGAGCUGCAUAGUAUAAGGUUAUCACAGUGUAUGCUUAGCGAGCGAUCGGGCGAUGUAAUCGCGAAUAAAAAAACUAUCCUUUGCGAGCCGACUGAUGUAGAAAUAUCGAUGUACAGUGAAUAUUUUAAGAGUUACUUUUAGAUAGCACGUUCUGGUUGAUCGGCGGGCCGAGAAGUUACUUAACGCGAUUGGAAGAAGAGGAGCGGUUGUCAGAAGAAGUCGUCUCGGUGGACGGGUGGCAGAGUAAUAACCGCUCGUUGGAUGGAGUGAUGAGCGGGGCCCCUGCACGGGGCACAGCGCCCCGUCGACAAAGACGUCAUCAUCAUCAUCACCAUCACCAUCAUCAAAAGCAUCAGAAGCAGAUUCGGCAAGAACGGUCCUCGGACGAACCGGAAGAGAAACGGCCGAAAGUGAAUCCGAUUUUUCUCUGGGCAUCGCAGCGAGAGCAAAGAAUCGUCGAGGUAAGAUGCGAGGACUACGACAAAAGGAAUCGUAUCAAGUUGACGAAGACGGCGCAAGGAUGGCGUUCGAUACCGAGAACGGCGUCCAACAUGUACUCGACUGCCUUGGGAGUUACCUCCCAGAAGACGAGCAGCGCAAACUCUUCGAAUUCGUCCGACACAAACGAAGAAAAAGACAUCAACAAUCAGACAGGGCAUACAACGCUCAACCUUCGACAUAUCUGCGCGAACGAGCUAGCCAACGGGCGAACCAACGGUUUCGUCGGCAAGGACGAUGUUGGAAAAAAGAGAAGUUACGAUGAGGUUAGUAGAAAGAGCAAACAUCGACGUGAUUACGGAUUUCCUCUGGACGAAAUGCGGAAUAACGCAAAGAUCAAAGAAAAUUGGGACGAGGAACGACAAAGAGUACCAUGUUCCGACGAUGACGACGACGAGGAGGACAUAGAAGAGGAGGACGAAGAAGAAGAGGAAGAGGAGGAGGACGACGACGACGACGAGGAGGAGGAAGAGGAGGAGGAGGAGGAGGAUGAAGACGAGGAGCAAGAGGACGACGACGAAGAAGACGCGAACGAAAACGAGAUAAAGGAGGGAAAUAAGUUCGAGAAAGAUGCGUCGAGCUGCAACGGAAGGAACAAUCUCGAAAGGCUGCAGAAAGAUAAGCUGUUUCAACCGCGAGUAGUACUGGAACAACUACAUUUUUCUCAAUUGCCUCAAGGCGUUCAUCAGAAUGUCCUUCAAAGACGGGGAAAAGACGAGAAGGGGCAGGGCGAGGAUGAUGUUAUCGCCGGUGAAGAGAAGCCAGCAGUGGAUAAUGAAAAAAGAAAACACGUGAACAAGGCAGGCAUUCAGGACAUAUUGAACAUGAUCGAUGUCACGGCCUCGCCGGUUCUAGCUACCGAUACGCCUAGUGCUGAUUUGCCCGUCGACUCGACGAAAACGUACGAGGUUCUCAACGAGAAUCUUCAUAAUAAACCCAGUGAGAGUAAAAUCAAAGACUUUAGCGCAGCGGUUCUCACGGAAUUAUCGGGUAAGGUUAAAGAACAAUCGAGGAACGAAGCGAUUUCCAGCUAUCAACAGCUGGAAGAUAUCGUUAAAACGAACGACAAUCUCGCCGGCGAUAAAAUACAGAUCCACGAAGAGAAGAUAUUCACCAAUUACGAAAACGAAGAAGAGAAGAAGCCCGAAACGAAGAACGAUGUCAUCAUCGUUUCUAUAAAGAACAACAUUUCGGACUCGAAAUCGUGCAAGAUUGCCGAAGCGGACGGUGGCCUUGGAAAUAGACCAAAGUGUAGAACGAAUUCUCAUUCUAAAUGGCAAAGUAUGAUGUCUGUGGACGACGCGCAAUUGGAAGCGGAAGACGAGCGACCCGACGAACCCGGUGAACCAGUGAAAAUAGAUUAUAACGAUAGCUCGAAGAUUUUGAAUGCGCUGAGAAAUACACCAGGUCUUUCGGUUUCUAUUACCAGGACUCACACUCCGGAAAUAACGAAAAAUAUAGCUAUGUCGUUGACGAGACCAGCGUCGAAAGCGUCGUCGUCGUCGUCGAGUCGAUCACCCGAUUCUCAAGCAGAGUGCGUCGAAAGAUUGUUGAAGAACACGGAUUCUGCAACGGAAACGCAAGGAACCACGACUUCUCCGAAGAAUCUUCCCGGUUUGUCCAUUAUCAUACCCAGUUACCGAUAUCGAAAUUCUCAAAUAAUCGCGAAUCAUUCGACUUCUCCGAGUACGAAAUCGCGCGUCGAGUCGCCGGAAAGUACCGUGAAUUUCCCCAAGAACGAGGUUUAUUCGGGCGAGUCGAAGACGGGCGGAUUUCCUCACGAGGACGACGACAACGAGAGAGACUUGGAAGAGGAAGAAGAUGAUUGCGAUUCGCAAGUAUUGGAAGAUCUUAGACGACAGAAAGUCGCCGACUCGCUAGCUUACGAGUCCGAUAGGGAUUACUUCCACAGGCAAAACAUAGGAAACUCGGAAGAUCGGAAGACUCCUCUGGAGAAUACGAAAAAUCAGGCUCAUUGGAUCAGCUCGAGCAGAAACAGCGAGGCUCAAGCUAAAUGCAAGUAUCAGGAUGUAGAACAUUUCGACGAGCAAGUCCUCGAGGAACUUCGGACACGUGGCACCGUUGUCUCGCCGCAACCGAGUGGAAUUCCAUGUUCCCCGGCUUCCAGGAGACCCUCUUCCGCGUAUCUCGAGAGAUUGCUACCUAGUCCCCCUUGUUCGGUAUCUUGUUCGGAAGACGCGAAGAACGAUCUAACUUUGAAAGGUAUUUUGUCGUCGCCGAAUCAGUUGGAGGUCAGAGAUUACGAGAAGCAGAAAGAGAUUUCGAAUCGCUGCGAUCAAAUACCCAGCGAUCAUCUUACUAUUCGUGCCGAUCCGAAGGACAUGGAGAGAAGUAGCGUAAACAGGAAAGGUAACAGAAGUUUUCAGGAACGAUUGAACGUUCACACUCAGGAGAUAAGGAACUCUGGUAGACCAAUGUCCAGCGGUGAUAUCCAUAGUACGUACUUCGUGACGGAUCGAGCCACACCCAAGAGACCAAUGUCCGCCGAAUGGUCAGUUGGUAGGCAAAAGAACCAAUCGAGUUCCUAUCAAAAAUCAUCUGCAAAGCAUCGAAUGCACGCCAUGGAGGAAGCUUGCGCCACGUCCAGUAGCACCGACAACCUUUUGGAUCCUGCUAGUCAGCUUAGAGAAUUGAUCGAGACGUCCGGACAUUUGAUACCGGAUCCGCUUCUGGUACCGAGAGACUAUUUGCCGGGUCUGGCAGCGGCUCCGGCCACUGAAAUUCCGAAACUGUUGGCCUCCAGGCCAGAACUAAGACUGCCAGAAGCGCUAACCAGGCCGGAUCUCCUUAGGGAUCCAGAUUUAUUGGUGAUAUCCUUGGCUCAUCUUCAGCACGUCCUCGAUCACGGCGAGGGUCCGGUCUGCAGGUCACGACAGUCGCAUCCAAGAAUCAACAACGGCACUAACAGAGGAUCCGGUCACGCGAGCAACGGAACGAAAAACGCGUUGCAAACGAGACCCAAGCUCAGCUGCAAACCAAUCGGCACGCUAAUGCCGGCACCGAUCGAUCUCUCCAGUGGUCGAAGAACCACCACUUACCUCCCGUUGCUCAGGGUACGGAGCGGAUUACUUAAACAGGAACCGGAAGUCAGCUCCACGGCCAAUUCGCCCGAAGAGUCGCAACUUUGGCAUCCUCUGUUCGGCAGCCAGAAGAGGCCGCAGCAGCAACAACAAUACCAGCAGCAACCACAGCAUCAUCAGCAUCAGCACCAACACCACAAUCAUCAGCAACAGAAUCAGAAUCAACAGCAACGUCAGAGUCAACAUCAACACCACAAUCACCAGCACCAGCAACAACAUCAGCACCAGCACCAACAUCAACACCCCUCCUGGCAUAGGACUACUUUAGCGUCCUGACCACUGUGACCUUGACCCUGACCGCAAGUCGAAUAGUCCUAGUAGAAGAAAAGAGAGGAAUCUUCUCGCUAGCGAAGAAACGCAUCCGCGAGAUCCUUUUACCGGUUCUCGAAAAUCGAGCCA